AAGAAGAAGAACGGUAUUUGUUUACAGAGACAUAUUAGCUGUUAGCCAGUUACGAAUUUGAAAAACAAAAUACAGUUAACUGGUUUGAAUAUUAUUUCUUAGCUUGUUUAGAGUUUUAUCGGUUGGAAAGAAUGAUGAAACGACAGAGCAUCUUGUUUAUGGAGAUAAGGUUUGAGCAGGUAGUCGGCUAGCUAGCAGGUUAGUUAGCAUCAGGGUUAGCUAGUUGCGGCGGAGAGCGCGCGCGCGCGCGUUUAAUAAGUAAAGCGCUGAUUAGAGAGAGCGGGGAGGGGGGUGUGACCCCGGGGGGAACAUGUCGUUAGUGGCGUACGAUAGCAGCGACGACAGCGAGCGCGAUGACCCGAGUCCGGAGCCCCGCAGCUUGGCUAAACCCGGCGGCUUGUUCGCCUCUCUGCCCGCGCCGAAGCGCCCCGAGCCCGCAGCGGGAAGCCUGAAGCCCGAGCUGCCCCGGGCUAAGAAGCGCUCCGAGCCGGUCAGGAUCAGCGUCCCGGAGAUCCGCGCGGACAGCUCAGAUGAGGAUGAAGCUGAACCUGUGAAGAAGAGGGCGGGGUCUCAGGGUGGUGCUGGUGGUCUGUCGUCUCUUCUGCCCCAACCCAAACACCUGAGUGUGAAGGAAAUGCACCGCCCCCUGGUGCCCCACACCCUGACCAAGCGCCCCACUCCUGCCGCCCAGGCUAAAGGGACCAAGUCGGCGUCUCAGGGCAUGUCCGGGACGAGUCCCUCUCCGUCGGCCAUUAAAGCCGCAGCUAAGUCAGCCUCUCUGCAGUUUGCUCGGCAGAUCGCGGCAGACGAGGACGGCAGCGACGACGAGCUCGCCCCUGAGAAUUACUUUUCUCUGUCGGAAAGCUCUUCAGAACCCACAGCGGCCACGCCGGUGUUUCCCGAACCUCAGCUGUACGCUCCUGUGCUCCAGCCUCCUCCUCCCAGCGCCGAGGACGCCCCGCUCGACUUCGGCUCCGGCGCAGAGUCCCAGCCCAGGCCAGUGUGGGGCGCUCACGAGUACCAGGCCUCAGAGUAUCAGAAACCCAGUGCUCAGGAGUACUACAGCGAGGGGUUUUACCAGGAGCAGAACUCUGGGCUGAGCGAGCAGGAGGAACCAGAAUCUUCCACUCUGUUCAACGAUGAAGCAUUCUGCAGGCUGCAGGGGAAACAGAACCGAGGGAAGGAGGAGAUCAAGUUCCUGGAGAUUAAAGGUGAUGAUCAGCUCAGCGGCCAUCAGCAGUGGAUGAUGAAGAAUAUGACGGAGGAGACCGAGCCACGCAGGUCCUUUAGUAAGAAAAAAGGAGAUCAGCCGACGGGGCAGCAACGGCGCAAACACCAGAUCACAUACCUGAUUCACCAGGCUAAGGAGCGAGAGCUGGAGCUGAAGAACAACUGGUCUGAGAAUAAACUCACUCGCAGACAAACUCAGGCCAAAUACGGCUUCUAGAGGAGAUCCACCAAAUCAUCAUCUCCCCCCCCCCCCCUCUGUCUGUCAGUCUGUUUAUUUUAUCUGUUGUGUGUACGUUUGGUUAAGAUGAUUGAGGGAAAACUCCAUGAAUAAUUUCACUGGGGUAAAAUGAAACAGAACCUGAAACACCCAGCUUCUUUGUCUGUGUGUGUGUGUGUGUGUGUGUGUGUGUGUGUGUGUGUUUUUACCUCAAGGCUCAUAUGUGUAGUUUGACCACACCCAUACUCUGUUAUUUUGUUCCGAGUGCUUGACUCUGCGCCGCUCUAACAGGGACCUGAUCGUCUGCUCUCCAGUCCAGCGUGCUGCUCCGUGUCAUCAUGCAAAACUCCGCCUACAUGUCUAAUAAACACGCCCCAUCCUGCUGGUGUGGAGUGAUGGACAGAUAUGAAUUCAGUGCAGCAUGCUGAGCUGGGUCAUGUCCACCCCUCCCCCCUCGUCUGUUAGCUACGUUAUUAUGAUAACUGUGACGAGACACAUGUGGAGGGAGUAGAGUGAGAGAGAGAGAAUGUUUAGUUUUAGCCCAAAUCACUCCUUUAGAAUUCUCAUGUUUGAGAUUGUAGAAAACAAAUCUGUGAACUGCAUGAACACCGUGUGUGUGUGUGCGUGUAAUAAUAAUACUGUGUAUAGCCCUUUAUUUUUGUUUGGUUUUUUUCUUAAGUGAAGUAACAGUACAAUAAAGAGAAAGUGUGAACGAUAAAAUGUUUUUAAUUUUUGUAAGGACAUCUAUAUAAGGAAUUUCUGUUCCCCAACAUACAAACAUUCCAGUUCCACAAAAGUGGAAAAAGUUGAGAGAAUGGAGUAACGUGGAAAGGUGGCAGACAUUGCUUGUUCUUUUAACAUGAAUUCUAUAGAAUUCUGUACUAUAAUAUGCUGUGUAUAGCCAAUAGUUUUAGUAUCCUAGUACCUAAACAGUGUGUAGGACUUACGAACAAAUUCGACGUAUGAACGAGCUCGCGGAAUGAAACUUGUUUGUACGUCUUUUACUUGCUGUAUAAUGCUUUCCUUACCUCACACUUUUUAUGGGAGUGUGUUCACACGUACACAGUGUAUCUAGACUUUUGUUUUAUUUAAAAAGUGAAACUUGUGUAUUCUAGAUUCAUUACAUGUUAAAAA